AUGAACCUUCAAAGAUUUAGGUAAACUUGAAAAAACCAGUUUUUGUUUCGACUUUUCCCAUAUUAUCAAUCAUUUGGGUUCCAAAAGAUGAUAUUUCUAUUUAACAGUCAUUACCUUUUUUGGCCAAAAAGACAAAUAGACAAUAUUUUGUUUCAGAUCAUUUAUUUUUCAGCUAUUCUGAAUGUUUCUUUGGGGGCUUACCAAGUUCACAAAUUUUUUUAAAUCAUAAAAAUCAUGUUCCAGAUUUGGUCGCCGUGUGAGUUCUGUGGAGGCUGUCAAAAACGCGAUGCCACCCACCAAAAAAGCAUCGGUUGUGAUUUUUGAAACACCUGAUUCACCAAAUCAGGAAAGGUUAGUUGGUGGGAAUUUUUGGGAAGAACAGUGGGAAAGGGGAUCUUUGAGUGAUAAUAACAGGAAGUUUUGAUAAAUGUGUAUCAUUUUUUUAGUGGGGAACAUGAGAAGUAGAAAUAUUGAUUUGGAAAAAAGUUUGGGGAAUGAAAUGGAUAAAACUAUAAGGAUGAAAUUAUGUAUGAGAUCUUUGAAAAUUAAUUCUGAUUUUUUUGGCCGAAAAUUAGCCUGUCUUGUAGAGUUUCAAUUUUAUUUUUGCUGCAAAAUUUGAUCUAUCAAAGAAAAAGCAGAAAAAAAGCACUGUACUUUUCAAUUAUAUUCUGCAACCAGGAAAACACUUGUCUUUCUCCCCUUUUUUCCACUACUGAUUUUCUCUCAUUGUUAACACAAAAAAUAGUACGAUGAUGAAUCCUAGUAACAAUACAAAAAAAACUUUGAGAGAAAAAUAACGAAUAAUAUUUGAUUUUCAUGCUUUUUAACACACUUGACACUUGUUAUUUUUUCUUCAUUCACUAAAAAUUCUGAGCUUAAGAGAAAACUAGAUGAAAGUGAUUUCGAAACGAGCAAAUCAGAAAAUCUAUGCGUUUUUGGUGCGCUAUUUUCAAUUUCAACUUCUUCGGUGAGUCUGAAAUCAAAUCGACAAAAGUUCAAAAUAACUUUAACCGGUCAUUUUUAUUUAUGCUCUUCAUCAGAUUUUUGUUGACUUAAUGUAUCUUGUAACAACAACAAAAAAUAGUUUUUCAAGUGGUUUCGAUUCGAAAAUCUCAAUCGGCUUCGGUCAGUUUUGUUAGAUUAAACCCGCACGAGUUUUUGAUUUGAUUUCAUAUUUAUGCAGUUUUUCAAGUGAGUUUUUUGUUUUGUUGAUAGGGAAGUUACAGUAAUAAUGAAGUGGAUUACUGUAGUUGGAAAAUUCUCGCAAAAUUAUAGUAAUCUAGUUCUGAAAAUACUGUUCUCUAAAAUUUUUGAUCUGGAAAAAUAUAGUAAUUCUGGGAUUUCUACAGUAAUCUGGGUCACAUUAGUUCUAUGAACAGUAAUCUGAAAAUGUUCUCUAUUAUAACCCUGAAAUUUUUUUUAAUGAAGAAGUAAAAGAUUGGAUUUUUGAAACAUUUGGAGAAAAUCUACACUACAACACUCUACUCCCUUUUUUAUUAAAAAAUUCGAAAAAAAUUCACUGUUUCAAAUUUUUGAUAAAUAAAAAUUCAGUUUUUCAAAAUCAGUUCCAAACCGAAGAACCCAAGAAUCACAUAUUUCUAAAAAAUUUGGAAGUUUAAUAUAUUUAAAUAACUUUUAAGAAUUAAGGACAACUAAGAAAUCACUAGAAAUCUAAAAAUAGACCAACCAAAACGUUCAACAGUAUUUUUCCUAAUCUACAGUACCCAAAUUAAUUCCGAGAAAAACCGAGACGCAGAGAAAAAUAGCGAUAAAAACUACGUCGAAAGUUCAACAAAUUUUGAAAAACAAAACAAAACAUAAAUAAAUUAGUCGAAUGUUUCUUCUCCUCCGUUUUUAUAUUCUAUUCUCCUUUUUAUUUCGACCUGCCGAAAAUCGAAAAAGGAUAUAUAAAUUUGAUAUGUGUUAUUGAUAAAAACCGUAUCAUUUGUCAUUUAUCCAACAAUUUAUCGACUUUUUUGUCGGAUUUUUUUUGAUACUUUUUUAUUAUCCGACAAAUUUUGAUUCGAAAUCAGAAAGAUAUUGUUUUCAUGUGAAAAUGAUUAAAACUAGUUGUGAUAAUUUGGUAUCAUGAUGAUUGAUUUAUCACAAAAACUUUUUGAUUUUUAAAAAAUAAUUGAGACACACAACUUUUUGUGAAACUAAGAUUUAAAAAAAACUUACAGAAGAGCUUCGUCGUGGUGGCGAAAUUUGAUGAUGGACGAAGAUAAAACGAUUCCGCCACAACCUGAAAUUAUCAUUUCACCCGAACACGCGUAAGUUUUUUUCAAAGCUCAAAAAAUUUGAAUAAAUCAAUAAUUUUUAAGUGGAAAUGGUUUGGAUGAGCGUAGUCGCAAUAUGUCAACAGCCAGUGUUGGUGACAGUGAGUUUUUUUCGGGGCGCGAGCAGGUGGCAAGGCCAUUUUCCCUUUCUAAUGGGGUGAUUCAGGUCGAAAAAAAAAUAAUAAAAAACAUUUUUUAACAAAAAAAUUCGAUUCAGCAAAUGUCAAAAAACUAUAUUUUUUUUCCUAUUUUUUGACAUUUUUUUACAUUGCAACAUUUUCGCUGCGAGAUAUUUUUCAUUUUUGUGUGGAAAAAAAUGUCAAAAAAUAGGAAAAAAAUAUAGUUUUUUGACAUUUGCUGAAUCGAAUUUUUUUGUUAAAAAAUGUUUUUUUAUUAUUUUUUUUUCGACCUGAAUCACCCCAAUGGGGUCCCCAUAAUUUAUUUUUAUGGAUGAAAUGAAAAAACGAAAAAAAGAAAAAGAAAAUAAAUAUUCUCAAAUUGCCACCACGAUUUGUGUGCAAUUGCGCGUCAUAUUGGGUGCUUGCGGCGAUUCGAAUUUUUUGGUUUUCUUUUUUUCUUUUCUUUUUCGCUGUUUCGUCUUGAGUUUUCUAUGGUGCUCGUGAGAUUUGGAAGUUGAGUAGAUGUAUUUCAACUAUAGAUAUGGUAGAAGUUUCGUAA